GCCUGGGAGCAGGGCGCCGCUGCGGGCCUUGAACCCCUUCCUCUCCAGCCGGGAGACCACACAGCCUCGGAGCGAAGUUUCUCUCUGCAGUGAACCCACCCCCACCCCAACCCCCCACCCUCCAGGGACCUGGCCAGAACCCAGGGCCUAGCCCUGGCUCGAAGCUCCCAAGAAGCCAUCGAGGCAUAGAGUUGGCGAGAAGUUUAUAUUUAGACCCUUUCUCAUCUUACGUUGCCCCAGCCCCUCAUCCCACCCAAGCUGGGAUUGGAAAAAAGACAAGGGUGGCCUUUUGCUCGGCGCCUGGAGGCCUCGCAGGUUGGAGGUCAUCGACUCCGCUGCUCUGCCAUCCAUCGCGACGGUUUCCAGGAGAUGGCUUGCCCACCCUACAGAUCACCCACCGCUUUCCGUGCCCCUUCCAAGCCCGGGACUGGGGCUUUGAUUUUUAGCCAGAACGGCAGGGAAUCUUCGAAGGGGGAUAGUCCGAGAAAGUUUGACUGUGGCACCCCUCCCCUACCUUCCUUUGGAAUUCGUAUGCUUAAAAGGCGGUGUCGGUGUCCGUACAUUGCAGCCCAUCCUGCCCAUGAGGUCAACCUGUCCUCAGACUAUGGCAUGAAACUGCCAAUCCUGCGCUCCACCCCGGAGGACCAGAUCCUAUAUCAGACAGAGCGGUACAACGAAGAGACCUUUGGCUACGAAGUACCGGUCAAGGAGGAGGGUGACUAUGUGCUGGUGUUGAAGUUUGCUGAGGUCUACUUUGCACAGUCUCAGCAGAAGGUGUUUGAUGUCCGGUUGAAUGGCCAUGUGGUGGUGAAGGACUUGGACAUCUUUGACCGUGUUGGGCACAGCACGGCCCAUGAUGAAAUCAUCCCGAUGAGCAUCCGGAAGGGGAAGCUGAGUGUGCAGGGGGAGGUGUCCACCUUCACAGGGAAGCUCUACAUCGAGUUUGUCAAGGGGUACUAUGACAAUCCCAAAGUCUGUGCGCUCUACAUCCUGGCCGGGACAGUAGACGAUGUACCAAAGCUGCAGCCUCAUCCAGGAUUGGAGAAGAAAGAAGAGGAGGAGGAGGAAGAAGAAUACGACGAGGGGUCAAGUCUCAAAAGACAGACCAACAAGAACAGGGUGCAGUCAGGCCCCCGCACACCUAACCCCUAUGCCUCGGACAACAGCAGCCUCAUGUUCCCCAUCCUGGUGGCCUUCGGAGUGUUCAUCCCAACCCUCUUCUGCCUCUGCCGCUUGUGAGAACAAAUGGCCGUCCUCAGCAGGGUGGAGGGGAGUGCGGAAGAAGCCAGACUUGUUGGUUUCUGUAUUCUUCAGUGUUUAGCA